UACCUUGAAAAUUCGAUUGAAAACUGUUUCUAACUGGCAAAAUUGUAUCUUUUUAAAGUUUUUUGGUGCUAUGAAAGUUUGCUGCGGCUUAGGAAUGAGUUUGCUUAGCCUGGAAUACGACCACAAGUACGAAACCAUCAAAUCUGCGUUUUCAGGCGCUUUGGCUACAGAAGAUAUCUUCUGGACGUCAGGCAGUGAUAAAGACUGCCCAACGAAUUUUGCUUAUUGCGCGGCAAAAAGACUUGUUCGAAAAGAAGCGAUUUGGGCUCCCGGCCAGCCCGACAACAGCGGUGGAGACGAGAAUGCGCUUGCUGUAUUUGUUAAUGCCACUGUGGCCCAGCUGUGGGACUUUAAUGAAAACGCUAAGUUGAGAUUCAUUUGCGAGGUAUACAAAUUUAAUGUACAAAAUUUUCUAGUAAAAUAUUGGCUUGAAAAGGUUCGAGACUCGUCGAAAUCAAAUUCAACAAACAGUAGCAGUGGAAGUAGAGCUAUCCAAAACGAAUGCGCAAUGAUUUACAAAAUUUCGGACAAGGAAAUGGACCAGAUUAUGAAUACAAGUCUAGACUUGCGAAUGAAGUGUUUCAUCAGAUGUCUGGGAGAAAACGCGGGAUUGAUCAUAAAUGGAAAAUUAGUGGAGAACGAGAUUUUAGCUGUUCUAGAAAAAAUGGCAGGUGGAAAUAUUGCUGACUUGAAGACCAGCAUGAACGUGAUGGACGAGUGCAGUAAUGUGACGCAGGGUAUGGACGAAUGCGAUAUAGCGGCGCAAAUUCUUAAGUGCAGUAACGAAAAGGCACCUAGUGUUCUUAACCAAGUGAUAGCAGCGGUUGAACAAUCUAUUCCGGCAGAAAACGUUAGUCUGUUUCAACAAGCGGAGUGUCCAAACAUCACAUGCACUAUCAAUCCAACUGCAAAAGCUGAAUUGGAUGCUAAGAAUGAGUGGGCUCUCCUUUCCACAGGAUAUGUGAAUAUCAUAUGCAACCGAAAAUAUCUUCAUUGUAAUUCACCAUUCACCUUACAAGAGGCAUACACACGCUGUUGUGAAUUAGGACUAAAACUUGCCUCGUUACCCAGCCAAAAAGAUAUUGAUUGUGUGCUUGGCAGAUUUGACGAAAAUUGGACUUGGACUGCCGCCAGUUUAAAAGGAAGCCCUACUAAUCCGCGGUGGUGCACCUCAGAUGGACCGUUCUCAUAUGACGUAUUUAAAGGUGUAACUCCGCUGACUGGAACUGAAUAUGACGGCUUGGCUAUGAAAGUAGGAAGUGGAGUUGUUACUUACGAGAAAUCGUCGUCGAAGUUCUUCGCUUUAUGUGUUGACAAGUUUGAUUAAAACAGAAGCAUAGCAUUAGAACAUAAAUUAUCCAUGCGCAUUGCAAGUAAUAAUGCAAUGGGCUUUAUGCGUUGACAAAUGAAUUUUACCUCAGGCCGAUAGAAAAUAAUUGUAUUCAAUUUCCGUCCAUGC